AUGACACGUGAUGAAGGGAAUAUUAGUAAUGAGAAUGAAGCAACAACUUUAUCAUCUCUUAGCAGAAUCAGUCCACUUAUUUUGCUGGUUAUAAUAGUACUAGCAGUUAUCUUCUUCAUCUAUGGACUUAUUCAUUUGGUUCUAUGGUUUCUCCUGAAAAGGCCAUCAUCUUCAUCUCUUUAUAAUUCCAAUAGAUUUCCAGAAGCCACACGCACCCGUGCUCUUCAAAGGCAGCUUCAACAGCUCUUCAACUUGCAUGAUUCAGGUCUAGACCAAUCUCUCAUAGAUUCUCUGCCUGUUUUCUACUACAAAGAUUUAUUGGGUUUGAAAGAACCGUUUGAUUGUGCUGUGUGUCUAUGUGAACUCUCUAACCAUGACAUGCUAAGGUUGCUUCCCAUGUGCAGCCAUGCCUUUCACAUGAAUUGCCUUGACACAUGGCUUCUCUCAAAUUCUACAUGUCCUCUUUGUAGAGCAACUCUCUCCAACUCUGGUUUCCCUGUGGAGAAUCCAAUAUUCAAUGUUGAUAAUUCUUUGGUUCUGCCAAAUAUGUUCAGUGUCACGGGUGAGGAAGAGAAUGGAUGUUGUUCAGAUAGUCAAAGGGUGUUUUCUGUGAGACUUGGAAAAUUCAGAAAUAGUGGAUUGGAGAGUGGAGAGGUAGUAGGAGGAGUAGAUAAUAGUAGUUGUAGUUUGGAUACAAGGAGAUGCUAUUCAAUGGGUUCAUAUCAGUAUGUGGUUGGUGAUUCAAAUCUUCAAGUGGUGUUAUCUCAAUCUCAUGAUGAUGAUAAAGAAAAUGGGAAUGUGGAGGGAAAGAGGAUAGGAAACAGAACAAAAGGUGAGAGCUUCUCUGUUUCCAAGAUCUGGCUUUGGUCUAAGAAGACUAAAUUUCAUAGUUCUAAUGCUGCUGCUUUCCCUUGA